AUGAGGUCUUCCUGUUUGCUACAGGCCAAGAACGCCUUUGAGAUCCUCAGCAGGAUGCCGCAGCAUGGCCUGGGCAGCAAGCUGAGCCGUACCAGCUGGACGGAUGACUGCUACUGGACCAUCGCUAGAGUCAAGCUGUCGCCAGACGGCAAGCACGGCAAGGCAUGGGGCGUGCUGACGUGGCGGGGAGAGCCGCAGCGGCCCAACGCGCCCACCCAGAUGGCGGGGCCCCUCAAGCGCGUGUGGCGCGCAGUACAGGACGGCAGCCAGCAGCAGUGGCAGUCGAUAGGAGUGGCAGACACCCUGCGACAAGAGCAGCAGCAAGCAGCAGCAGCGGAAGCACCGCCGGCGGAAGAGACGCCUGCGGCUGUGGACAAGCAGGCAUCGGCAGCGUGA